AUGAUGAGUCUGAGAAGAGGAGCAGAGAGACAAGACUCGCCGGCGGCGUACAACGUUGCCCAUAAGCUACCUCACGGAGACAGUCCUUAUGUUCGAGCGAAGCAUGUUCAGCUUGUGGAGAAGGAUGCAGAAGCAGCGAUAGAGUUGUUUUGGAAAGCGAUUGUAGCGAGAGACAGAGUGGAUAGUGCUCUUAAAGACAUGGCUUUGCUAAUGAAGCAACAGAACAGAGCAGAGGAAGCCAUUGAAGCUAUUCAGUCUUUUAGAGAUCUCUGUUCUAGACAAGCUCAAGAAUCACUCGACAAUGUCCUCAUCGAUCUCUACAAGGUACACAAAUCCCACACCGACACCAUUCUCCUGUCUGAAUAUUAUUGUUCUUGGGAUAUUGAAAUUGACAAAAAUGGGGAUCCGAAUUUUGAGCAGAAAUGUGGGAGAAUACAAGAGCAAGUGGAGUUACUGAAUCAAAAGCUUUGGAUGAUAUAUCAAGGAGAAGCAUUCAAUGGGAAGCCAACAAAGACAGCGAGAUCCCAUGGGAAGAAAUUUCAGGUCACGGUCGAGAAGGAAACCUCUAGGAUCUUGGGAAACUUAGGAUGGGCUUAUAUGCAGCUAAGAGACUACACAGCGGCUGAAACCGUGUACCGGAAAGCUCAAGUGAUAGAGCCAGAUGCAAACAAGGCUUGUAAUUUAUGCACAUGUCUCAUCAAGCAAGGGAAGCACCAUGAGGCGAGAUCGAUUCUCGUUCGCGAUGUACUAGAGGAGAACAAACAAGGGUUUGAUGAUUCGAGGCUGAAGGUUCGAGUUCAAGAGCUGCUGAGUGAGCUAGAGCCACAUGAGGAAGAAGAAGCGGCGGGUUUCGCUUCUGUGUCUGUGGGAUGUGAAGAUGGUAUGGAUGAGAUGGCGGUUGUCGAAGGGCUUGAUGAGUUUGUCAAGGAGUGGAGAAGGCCUUACAGGACAAGAAGACUUCCCAUUUUCGAAGAGAUCUUACCACUGAGAGAUCAAUUGGCUUGUUGA